UUGUGCUACCAUCUUUCUUCCUAAUAGUAUUUUUUGUUUGGCUUUGACAAUGGCUGCCACUAAUGUUCUGUUGUUCUCCUUAUUAUCUCUAUGCCUUAUUGCUCUCCUUUCUCCUACCUUAGCUCAGAUCCCAACGCUGCAAAGGCCACAAAGGGGGCAGCAAUGGCAACAUGAGUGCGACAUCCAGCAGCUGAGAGCGGCAGAGCCGACUCGCCGGCUCAGGGCUGAGGCCGGGUUGAUCGAGGUUUGGGAGACGAAUGAUGAGCAAUUCCGCUGUGCAGGCGUGGCCGCUGUUCGUUAUGUCAUUGAGCCUAAAGGCCUUCUUUUGCCUUCUUACACCAAUGCUCCUUAUGUCACUUAUGUUACACAAGGGAGGGGUUUACAAGGAGUGAUAGUCCCGGGGUGCCCUGAGAGCUUUGAGUCACCAAGAGUCGGUUCAGAAACAUCUCAAGAAGAAGAAAGAGACCACCACCAAAAAGUUUUCCGAGUGCGAGAAGGUGAUGUGAUAGGUUCACCUGCUGGUGUAGUUCAAUGGACUUACAAUGAUGGGGAUACCCCUAUUGUUAGUGUCACCUUGCUCGACCUUAGCAAUCCUCAUAACCAACUUGAUCUCAAUUUUAGGAGUUUCUAUCUAGCUGGGAAUCCUCAAGGCCAAAAAGGCCAAGAGCGAGGCCCUAGAGAAGUUGCAGGAAAGAACAUCUUCAAUGGCUUCAACGAUGAGCUGCUAGCUGAUGUUUUUAAUGUAGACACCGAGAUAAUAAGGAACAUAAAGGCUGAAAACGAUGACAGAGGCAGCAUCAUUCGAGUCGAACGCGAUCUCGAGCUUUUAAACCCUGAAUGGGAUCAAAUGGAAGAAGAAAGAAUGAGAAGAUUUAAUGGCUUGGAAGAAACAUUCUGCUCCUUAAGCUUUAAACAUAACAUUGAUCAACCAUUGCAUGCUGAUGUUUUUACUAAGUAUGGUGGUCGUAUUAACACCCUUAAUGGUCAUAAACUCCCCCUUCUACAAUAUAUUCAACUUAGUGUUGAGAGGGGUGUGCUUUACAAGAAUGCACUGAUGACACCCCACUGGAACAUGAACGCCCACAGCAUAAUGUACAUAACACGAGGUACGGGUCGAAUUCAAGUAGCUCGAGAAAAUGGGCUGUUAGUGUUCGAUGGCCGGGUCCAAGAAGGGCAGCUCUUGGUAGUCCCACAAAACUUUGUGGUGGUGAAGAAGGCGGAACAAGAAGGGCUAGAAUGGGUGUCUUUCAAGACCAACAAUAACGCGAUUAUUAGUCCUUUAGCCGGGAGGAUUUCGGCCAUCCGAAGUAUGCCGGAGGAGGUGCUCAUGAAUUCUUACGACUUGUCUAGGGAUGAAGUGAGGAGGCUCAAGUAUGGAAGGGAAGAGUUAAGUGUGUUUAGUCCUAGGUUGGAUUAGGUCACUUUAGCUAGUUAAGGGAGUUUGUGUUAUGAGAGAGCUUACAACUUCGAUUGUGUAUCUUAAUUUUUAGAACGUGAGUAGGUGUUUGAAUAAGAGGAAACAUAACUUGACUUGUAAUAUGUUUCUUGCUUUCUUUAAUGGUUGUCAGAUGAGAUUAAUUGAGAAUGACCAUUUUGCUCUCGAA